UGGAGUCGUGAAUCUCUAAAUGCGCAGGGUGCGUCAGAGUCGCUUGACUCUCGCGGAAUCGACUGUCUUCUCUUUCUCAGUCUCAAGGCUUUUCAAACAAGAGCCACAAGUCUCAAUGUCUGACGGGCUAUGACAACGUCACUUAUACUUCGCCCGCGCUGGAUUGACCCGAUCAUGUUUCUGUACGAUAACGGUGGCUGCUUGGACGACUCCGGCAAGAACAUGGAAGGGUUCACGGGAGGUAACUUCUCUCCGAGUCCAUGCAGGAAUUUGAUGGCUCAUCCUGCCUCUCUUGCGCCCAGCGCUGCUUAUUCGUCAAGCGAAGUAGCUGCAGCAGGAGCGGGUGAACCUGGAAAGCAAUGCAGCCCCUGUUCAGCCGUUCAGGGUUCGGCCAGCGCUUCACUUUCCUACGGGUAUUUCGGUGGCGGUGGAUACUACCCUUGCCGAAUGUCACACCAUCACGGGGGCAGUGGAGGUGUUAAAACAUGUUCCCAGUCUCCUGCGUCUGCCUCGCCUUACGGGGAUAAAUACGUGGACACGUCCACCUCUACAGGGGAAGAUUAUACAACCACGCGCGCCAAAGAGUUUGCCUUCUAUUCCAGCUACGCCUCGAGUCCGUACCAACCAGUUCCAAGCUACCUGGAUGUCCCUGUGGUCCAGGCAGUGAGCGGGCCUGCAGAGUCCCGACACGAACCCCUGUUACCUAUGGAGAGUUACCAACCUUGGGCAAUCACGGCCAGUAACUGGAAUGGCCAGGUCUACUGCACCAAAGAGCAGCACCAAACGGGACACAUGUGGAAGUCGUCUGUACCAGCAAUAUCUCAUGGAGGAGCAGACGGCAGUUCUUAUCGACGUGGGAGAAAAAAGCGCGUUCCAUACACCAAGGUUCAGCUAAAGGAACUUGAACGCGAAUAUGCCGCCAACAAGUUCAUCACCAAAGACAAACGCAGACGGAUAUCCACUCAGACCAACUUGUCUGAACGACAGGUCACUAUCUGGUUCCAGAACCGACGGGUAAAGGAGAAAAAAAUAGUCAACAAAUUAAAAAGCAGCAGUUAGCUUUGUUUGAAAAAUCGAGUGGAACAAUUUUAAACAAUGAUCGGCCAUUCACUCAAAUGUGUCUUUCCGAGUUAUCAAAUAAUAGACGUUUUAACGAAUAUUUGUUUUUCUUGGACUACUGCUUUGGAGUUUGUGGAGAUCACUUUGGAUCGGACAGGGUUGAAUGUUGACGCGGUGCGUCAUCUUUGACACCGCACCAGGUGACGGCGCAAACUGCAUAUGGCCAUAUUCCCAACUAUAGGCCAAAAUAUUGUGUUGUGUUGUAAUUAUUUACUGCUCACAAAGUAUCUUUUAAAAACUUUGGAUUUCGAUUUUGUAUUGACCCCUCUUAAGCAUGGUCAAUUCUUUAAAUUUCAUCACGUCCAGUGUCCCUUUUAAUUACAAUCUUAUUAAAAUCUCAAGUUAUCUUCGCCUCAUGCUGGAGAAUAUGAGGUAUGGACCUAGACGUUUAUCAUAUCCAUGUAUAAUAUGUGUUUUUAUCUGGGCCAAAAUAGGCUUCACUAUAAAUUACUGUGUGUUGGAGUAGCUUGUGUUUUGUCGUUAUUAGUAUUAGUGUUUCUCAAAAAUUCGUCCUAUUAAACCAUUGAUAAGAAAAAUGUGUAUACGGACGAGAUUAUACAUUUCACAAGAUACACAACAUGACAAAAUGAACCAUUAAAAUUACAAAGUAAAAAUUCUUCAACAUAUGACCUAUUUUUCACGCCAGUAAUGAUCUUUGUAAGUUGACAUAUUGGAUGCUGUACAAAGUUUUAUGGACUGCACAUCACCGAUGUCUUAGUGUGUACUAUAUGAAAUCUCUUGUCUUUAGGCCGUAACAAGAAACAAUUCGUUUAGAUUUGCUGUGAGACGUAGGCUAGGUAAUGAAUCGUGAUGCAUAGAGCAAUGGCGCCAUCUGCUGGUGAACGUUAGGUGGACGCAGAUGUUCUUGGUCAUUUUAUAAAAAUGAACACAACCUUGAACAGACACAUCUAUACAUAAAUCCAAUAGACCCACUUUCACCUAAUAUAUUACUAAUUACAUGUUUUAGGAGAUUAUUUCAUUUAGAGCUCUGAACAGGCUCUCUAAAGCACGCAACAUUUUGUUGUCUAUAGUUUUUGUAUAGAGACAUUUUAUGGACAGUUUCAUAUUGAUUUUAUUAAGUAACCGACUAUAUGAUUAUUAAGAGACAAAUCUUUAAAUUGUUUAAAUAAAACAAUUUAAUUUGA